AUGGCAGAGCAAAUGGAUGUGAUACCAGCUGCAGGGGUCAAAACAGUCUCUAAAUCUCAAAUCAAGACUAACUCAUCCGUCACGGAUCCAUUAGCUGACAACGAAAUAUCUUCAGCUCACCCUUCCGCGGAUCCUUCAAAAUCCUCAGGCCAGGUCAAUAAUUCGGAAGAUAACUAUAGGCCAGCUGAAGCAUUAAUUGAUUCCACGAUUCUCUCAGUCGACUAUCCAGCUGAAACUAUGCCCUACUUCGCCCUCAUUUUUCUUCACUUUCAGGACUUGGAAAAUGAAUCCGAAUCAAAGGUAGCAGCCCCUGAUUCUAUGCGUCUCUCAUUAAAGCAGGGGACUGAUAAGGUGCAGUCAACCAACGCGUCAGCAAAUGUGGCAGGUAUGCCUUGCGCUGGAAAAUCGGUUCUCUCGAACGCUUCGUCGACAAGUUUGUCAAAAGAGAAGCGAAAGAAGAAGCAAGUCUGUCGCAAAUCAGUAGCUUCGACUCCAUCCACUUCCUCCGCCGAGGUCAGCCGACUUAAAUUUCUCAACCCGGGAAAGCAGAACGAGGAUCUCACACUCAGCUGGAAUCACGGGAGUAUCACACGUGGCUUCAAACGCCAACACACACUCCACAUACAAGGGACUGGUGUUGCUCAGACGUCCGCCUCUGCCGCCGCAGAAUUGGAUCGUCUGCGAUUCAUCAAUCCAGGACGUCAGAAUACCGACCUAAAACCUAUUAAUUGGAUGCAGGAGGGGGUCUACAUGACUCGAGGUCAUCGGAGGCAGAUGGAGCUUCAUGCCAAGCUCUGCGAAGCCAACAGUUCCGAUCCACCGCUCUACGACUCUAGAGGUUUACUGCUGUCGAAUAUGCAGGACAGAUGCGAUUGCAUGCGUCCGGACUGUCCUGGAUGCUUCUUGCCCUGUCGACGUUGUCAUACUACUAAGUGUGGUCCACUCUGCCGCAUUAUGCGUAACUUCCAUUACGAGAAGGUGGGUUUCGGUUCUCUCCAGCGACGAUUUUGUCGACAGUGGAUUUCUGCACUGGUGACAUGCCUUGUGGAUGUAGAGUGGUGUACGAAACCUUCACAGGAACGUAGUUUGUGUGUAUCUGCAACCGCUUUUGAUUAA